GGGUCCAUGCUCGGUUAUUCGUACAAUGAGCUUCCAACAUUCCUUGGCAAAGAAACACUGCAUUUUAUCCCCUGAAAGCUACUGACUCUAUUGCUUUUGUGCAGUAGUGUACGUAGCUGUGAUACUUCUGAAAACAAAAUCAGUAUAAAAGCCAAUAAUGAGAAGGCAGCACUCCCAUGACAUUACAAAGGGGUGUGAAAGAAUGGGGUAUGUUUGCCAAAAUGAGCUGACAUGAUAGGAAUGUGGUGUCCGCGUAUGCAAUAAGAGUUACAUAAGAUUAUGCAGAAACAGGGAGUGUGAUAAAAGGAUCGAGACCCUCACAACAUAAGCAAGCUGAGCAGACACAUCAAGGCCAAAUUAUAUAUAAAUAAUCAGCAUCGCGAAAGAGAACUUUAAAAUGAAGGAAUUGGUCAUUUUAUCACUCCUGGUACUCUCUGUGUACUCUGUUCUUCAUAAAGAUGUCAAACCAAUGGAUUCUAGAAAAAAAGAAUUUCCAGAAGAUGUGAAGGUGACACGGCAAGCAGCACAUGCAAUAAUUAAAAGGGUCCGUCGUGGAUAUAAUUAUUAUGAAAGAUACUUUCCCAGAGUAAAGUCACCGUUGGAGCUAAAGAAGGAGCAAUGUGAGAAUUAUUCCCCUUGUGAUCAACUAUCUGAAUGGGUUGGAUUCUACCAGGCAUACCAGACGUACUUUGGACCUGUCUGAAGUUUAAAGCUUUAGGGUGAUUUCAAGACCCUUUUUUAAUACAAAGUAUAUACUGUGCAAUAUGGGUGUAUGUUAUCUAUAAGUAAACACAACAGUACCAUGCUAGUGCCCUUUUGACAACAGUAGGGACUUAGUUAUGCAUUUACAGAAAUAUCUAGCAUUUUAACUGCAUUAUAAUCUAUUUCCUUUGACACGUUCUCUUGCCUACUUCUAGCACUGGAUUUCAUAACCAAUGCAGUAAAAUGUUACUGCCUGUGAUGUCAUGUAGUUAUUAUAUUUGGUACCAAGAGACUUAUGUGACAUGUUUUAGACCUACCUAGGAAAGACUCCACCUUUUGCUUUCCAGCCCACUGUAAAUCACUGAAUUAAAUUGUUUUGCAAAUAGAUGAACACUUCCCUGCCAUAUUUUACCUGACUUGAGAUAGUUCAAAUAUGCAAUUUCCUGAAAGUGAAGACUGACUCUGAACCUAAAUUUAAAAAAAUCACAAAGCGAAGCCGAGACCUUAGCUUAACUUCAAAGCACAAUUUUUUGGUUGGUCAAUAUGUUAUAGAACAAAUAUAACAUUUUAAUUCGUUUUAAGAGAUUUUUAAAGGAGAAGGAAAGUCAUUUUGGCAAUUUACUGCCAAUAGAUUCACCACAUUAGUGCGACCUAGAAUACUAUAUUUAUUCUGCAGCUUUAUCAUAGUAAACAGCUCUAGAAGCUUUCUGUUUGCCUAAGACAGCAGCUGCCAUUUUAAGUAGCUUCCUGCUGCAGCUCCAGCUCUUAUAGCUCAGAUCACACAUUCCUAAGGGAGGGUCGAGUGAUUUCUUAACAUCCUUGUGGGAGAGGUUAGCAGACUCUGGCCCAGGGAAUUAAAGAUUUUUCUAAGAGAGGAAGUCAGACACCCAACAACAUGUUUACAAAAAGGAAUCCUGUCACCUGAUCCUGACAGCGUUUCUGUGAGUGCUUAUGGCUGUAUUUACAUAGACCUUUCUGAUAAAGCUUACUUAGUUUUUACCUUUCCUUCUAACUUUCCUAGAUUUCAGUAAAUAUCUUAUACAACUUUUUAAUGGUUUUGUAUCCUAAUAUGAAGGUGAAAACUACCAAUAAUACAUCGUUUCAUACAUUUGUGCUUUCAAAACUUGCUUGCUAUUAAAGGUAUUUUAUGAAAUAA